CAGAAUAAGGCGCUGCACUGUACGGCAACAGGGGGAGCGGAUUUCCAUUACCCGCAAAGCCCGGGGAGGAAAGGGGAGGAAAGGAGCCAGCAAGAUGUUGCCUUCCCUCCAGGAGUCCGUAGACGGGGACGACAGAGAGCUGGAGAGCAGCGAGGAAGGGAGCGGCCUGCCGGAGGAUCGGAAAUCGGAGCGCAGCAGCAACAGCUACUAUUGCCUGUACGGCUACCAAGGCUGCAGGUUGCACCAGGGUGUAGACAGCGACGAUGGGAGCCCAAACAGCACAACAGCUGAAACUCCGUCUUCUGAUGAUUUCAGUCUCUCCUUGGUGGACACUAACUUACCGGCCGAAGCAGAGAUGGAGCUGCGUAGCUUCGUUGCCAAACACCUUGCCAAGGGAGCCUUUUUUGAAGGAAUGGGCAAUGUUGUAUCUGUAGAGUUGAGUAUUCCAGAAAGCCGAGUUGGUUGCUAUUACUGCCUUUUCCAGCCAGAAAAAUGUACAGAAAUAGCAAACGCAGAAUUGAGCAGCUGUCCUCUAGACUACGUGAUCUGUUUUUUGGGAGGCUCAGAGAAGGGACUGGAACUAUUCAGACUUGAGCUUGACAGAUAUGUUCAGGACCUGAAAAUUAACCUGGAUUUAGAGCAAGAUAAUCUGGAGUCUUGUGUUAAGCCUCUCUUGGCAACUUGGUUUGAGGAUUCAAUCUGUCCUAUUCAGAGAGUGGUGAAGUUUUUCCAGGAGAAACUUUCCUUUGUGUUACAUGCCGCUCUGAGUUGCACUCCAGUUGAAGUUAAAGCGCCCGAUGAAAGGACAAAGAAGGAUAUUAACAGGUUCCUUAGAGCUGCAAGCCUUCAAGAUCUUGUCCGGGAAGCCACCAUGACUUCCUUGUGUAUGGCAAUGACCGAGGAACGACGCACGCCGGUGGUGAUUGACUGCAGUGGGCCACAGCCUCAGUUCCACGAUGCAGGUAGUGACAAAUUCUGUGAAUACUGGAUGCAAGCAUUUCUCAAUGGCUCCGAAGGGGGAAAUCCAUUUCUCUUCCGACAAAUACUGGAGAACUUUAAAUUGAAGGCCAUACAAGACAUCAACAACCUGAAGCGCUUCAUCAGGCAGGCAGAAAUGAACCAUUACGCUUUGUUCAAGUGCUACUUGUUUCUGAAGAACUGCGGCAGCGGAGACGUCCUCCUGAAGAUUGUGAAAGUGGAACACGCCGAGAUGCCGGAAGCCAAAAACGUAAUAAAUGUCCUCGAGGAGUUCAUGAGAGAGCCGGUUUGUAACAUAAAUCCUUCUCAUGAACUUGGGGCUACUUACACAUUGCAGAAUUAGUGUGUCUCUGGGAGAGAAGGAAAUGUUGCUUUUCAAAGAACCAGGUGCACGCUUUGCAGAGAGCUGCACUUGGUUCCUGUUGCUCGCAACAUUUGAUCCAAGUGUUCAGGAAAAGGCACACUUCUCUCAGAUUUAAAAUGUAAACUGUGAGCAUAGACCAACAAACCAAGUUUGUAAUGAGCCUUAAAGUAGCCAGAAGGUGGAGAAAUAUUUUGAAUCCUCAUUUGUGAAAUAGAAUUCGCUGUUUCAUUUGUACUUAAAGACUUUGGAUGAUUAGAGAAAUCUUGCAUUUCCUCUCUUUUGUGGAAAAAGUGUUCUCUUUAAUUAACUUAUUAUGUGAAAGCUAAUUACUUUCUUUUCUUACUUUGGGAAUAGGAGGUUAUAUUGUUUGAAGUCUUCCAAAACUGGACCAAAACCGCAUUUUCAUGUCAGUGAUGGUGUUAGGGUUACCUAUUAAGAAAAUAGUUAAUUAAAGCAACCCCAGUGGAUCAUGAUUCAAUAUUCUGAUCAGGUUUAAGAAUAUAAAUUUAAGAAUAUAAAUUGAUGAACGAAUGAUCACAUAUAACACUUAAAAAUUAUUAUAUUAUCAUUAACUGUACUUUACCUGCAGGUCCCAGGGUGUGUUACAAAAAUUAAACAGUCAGAACAGAUUACAGUGAAACAAACCAAAAACUUUCUGCUUCGUACUUUGCUUGCUCAUCACGAUUUGAUAACUGAUCCAGAAUAUCUUUGUGUAGAGUUUCUGAAUGCAUUUGCUUUGAGCUUGUGACUGCAAGACUGUAAAAGCCAAGUACCUGGAAAUCUGUGCAGACAACCAGAUUUUUAAAAAAUGAAAUUGGCUAUUGCCACCUUUCUCCCAAUCCCCUGGAGUUU